CUCUGUCUUUAUAGAGGAGGAGGCACCAUCCAGGGGAGGAUGAGCGAAAAGACCAGGGGGAACGUGUACAUGAGUGAUACAUGGCUAGGGUUAGGAGACAGAGAAAAGUGUGAGAGGGCUGAUACAGAGAAUCAGCAGUGAACAUGACAAGCAAUUAGGAAUAAGGACGGAAGAAGAAGGAGGGAGUGAUACAAAAGCACAGAGGGAGAGAGAGAGAGAGAGAGAGCACACCAGAAGACAGUGGCACAGAAGAGAGUGAAAAGACCUCUGUAUGACAUCCUUGCAAUGAAGCACACAGUAAAGUGAGAUAACCGGACCCCAUGGACUAUUUAAUAGCCACAGACACACCCAGCAUCAGCCACCCUGGAGUCAGCCCUAACAUACCAUAAGAAUCCACAGCCAAAGUACCAUUACGGAGGUGAGUACUGUACUUAUAUGAGUGACAGCUUGGAUUAGUCCCAGUAGGGAGUUCAAUGAAAGGACACUGAGGCCAGCAUGUUUCUGAAUUCUGGAGUUAGAGGUGUAACGUAGAAAACAAUCUGCAUAUUUUACAUUGUCAAAUUUGUAUAACUGAUGGAAUUGCUAGUUCUAACACAAAUAACUUCUCUCUCUCCCCCCUUGUUUUUCUUCCUUGUCAUUCUCUAAUUUUCAUAUUCCAUUUGUCCUGGAUUCUUCUGCCUGACUUUACCUUCCAACACCAUAUUCUUAACUCUUCUCUUAUCCUGUGCCCUCUCUUAUAUGCCUUCUCUUUUUGCCUAAGACAGUCCUACAAUCCCAUGUUUCCACCUUUACAUGCCAACUCUUCCCUCCCCUCUGUCCUUUCGCCCUUACCUCCUACUUCUCCUACCUUCUCUCCAACAUCUUCCUACCCCCGUUCUUCUCCUUCUCCUCUCUUACCGUCUCUAUCAAUGGCCUUUGGGGCUUCCUCCAAUGCACUGGGCCUGUGGAUCCUUGCUCGGGCCUAUUCCCACUCUCGCAGACUUCGACGCUCUAGAGCCCAGUUUCUCCUCUUGGCAUCAGGACUUCUAAUGACCGACUUGGCUGGACAUGUUAUCGCUGGUUCUUUUGUCCUUUGGCUGUAUUCACAAGGAAGGAUUCCAGCUCUUGGAUGCCAGUUUCUUGGUGGUUGUAUGGUAUUUUUUGGCCUUUCUCCGCUACUCCUUGGAUUUCUCAUGGCAUGCGAACGCUGCCUUGGUUUGACCAAACCAUUAUGGCAUUCUUUUAUGGUGACACAAACCCGUGCUCGUUUAAGUCUGGCAUUAGUUUGGGCUGUAGCCUUUUUGGUGGCCAUACUUCCACUGAUGGGAUAUGGAGUAUAUGGACUUCAACCUUCUAGAACCUGGUGCUUCCUACAAGGACCUCCAAGUUUCUGUUUGUUAUUCUCAGGUCUUGGCUUGAGUUCACUAACUGCUGCACUGGUGUGCAAUGCUUUGGUUGGAGUAACCCUGCUGAAAGCCCGACUCUUAAAAGCCUCUGGGGAGGAAAGAAGAAGGAGGCGGCGUGGAGCCCGCUCCCAUGACCUGGAGAUGAUGGUGCAACUGCUGGCAAUCACUCUUGUUUCAUGUGUGUGCUGGAGUCCCUUGCUGGUAAGAAUGGUUGGAUGGAGUUAUGAUUAGCAGUUACUUAUUUGGCUGUUCACAGCUUACUUUCAUUUUAUAAAAAUAAAUUCUAAUCCAAUCUCGCUCUGUUAGACUAUUACUCUAUGAUCUUUUGACAGUAUUUACUCACACUUAACAUUUCUCGCUGAACUAUUUCUCUCUUUGUUCAUCUUUCUCACUCACAUUUUUUCUGUUUUCUUUUUAUGGUUGGACAUCUUCACAUCACUUGCAAACAUUUCGUUCCAGUAUAGAACACCUUUCUAGUAUAGAUCAAGAAACAAGUGUAAGCAAAGUUCAUAAGAUAAUUUAUUAUAGGCUGUACAGCUUUCUAUAAGAGAAAUUAGCUAAGGAUAACUGUUGCCCUAGGCUUUUCCUUUUGUAUACCCACUCUCUCAAUUUAAUUAGUUCCUGUAUCUACCCAUGGUCCCUUCAAUUUGGAAAUCGCUAUUUCUACCUAUGCCCCUCUUCCUAGAUAUAAGAAAACAUUCAUUUUAUCUCCCUCAUUAGAAUACAGGCUCUCAGUCCCACCCUCUCCAGACUUCAGAUUGUUUUUAUUUUCCUCCCCUACUCUUGCUCCUUCCCUCCCUACCUCAGAACAUUUUGCUUUGUUUUUUUUCUCUCCUUUCCUUUCCCAGAAAUCAGGUCCCCUUCUUUCUUUUUUCCCAUGCCUCCAGAGAAAACCAGAUAACCUCUCUCUUGCACUCCUACCCCAGAAAUCAGGUAUCUCCCUCCCAUUAGUCCCCUUUUUAAAAAAAAAAAAAAAAUCAAACCUUCUCUUCCUCUUUCGCAUAAAUGUCAUUAUUUCCAGCCCCAGAAAUCAUGCCACUUUUUUAAAAUUUCCUAAAAUCCAGUUCUUUGCUUAUGGUCUGCUAACAUUCCCCAUUGUCGGAAUCAGGUCAUGUCCUUCUACACAAAAUAAAUCAAAUACCUUUCCCUCACCUAAUUCCAAUAAAAAAAAAAAGUGUCAUUAUUCCUUUAGCACCCUAAGUAUUUAUUUCCUCUUCCCUUCAGAAAUAAUGUCCUCUUGUCUCAUGCCCCUUGCCCCCUUUCCCUUCCAGAAAUAAUCUCCUUUCCCUCCCCAAAUUUAUUCUUCCAAGAACUGGCCGGACAUGGGUCCAGAGUGGAUCCUUUAGACAAACAACAAAAUACAACACCAAAGUGUAGUAAGUGAAAUAAUAUAAGUAUAAAAUAUACUUAUCUCUAAUUAAAGAUAGGAAGCCUCCCAAGAUCGUAACCCACAGACGACCUUAUUACAGUAUAUAGAAAAAAACUGAGAAAAUGUGGGAUACGGCUGGGCAAAAUAAGAUAGAGACGUAUAAAGCGCUCAAAGGUGCCUCCCCGAUGAAAAUGGGUGGCUAAAUAUUCCCACGUCCACUGCAAUGGAUAAGAUGUAAAACAGGACUCCACAGUUUCAGUGUAUUCCUUUUUAUAUACUUUAUGCUGGUGGUUAUUGUCCACCUUUUUACAAUAAAUUUCUGAUACUUUUUUCCUAAAUUCCACAGUUUGGAGUCGGGGAGGCACCUUUGAGCGCUUUAUACGUCUCUAUCUUAUUUUGCCCAGUCGUAUCCCAUAUUUUCUCUGUUUUUUCUGGAUCCUUUAGACCCAUGCAGUAUUUAGAGAAGACAGCAUUUUGCCACGGUCUCUGGGCUGUUUUCCCCAUCUAUUGCCCCCUCCCACCUCAUCCCUCACAAUAUGCAAUAGUGGGGGUUAGCACAGUAUUUCCUGCUGUGAGGAGGUUGACUAUUUCAAGUCCUCUCUCACUGGUGGAAUAGUGGGGCUUGUCUGGGUUCUGUGCUCUGGUUACACAGACCAACUCCAGGAACUCCAUGGUGGGAGGCACUGGUUUAUAGUACAUUCCAUCCCUCACACCUAAAUUCAGGAUACAGAUUGUAAGUAUAUAAAAUUGUAUGUGUGAAACAUAGAAACAUAGAAUGUGACUGCAGAUAAGAACCAUUCGGCCCAUCUAGUCUGCCCAAUUUUCUAAAUACUUUCAUUAGUCCAUGGCCUUAUCUUAUAGUUAGGAUAGCCUUAUGCCUAUCCCACACAUGCUUAAACUCCUUCACUGUGCUAAACCUAUACGAUUUCAGCUGGAAGGCUAUUCCAUGCAUCCACUACCCUCUCAGUAAAGUAAUACUUCGUGAUAUUCUUUUUAAACAUUUGCCCCUCUAAUUUAAGGCUAUGUCUUCUUGUUAUGGUAGUUUUUCUUCUUUUAAAUACUGUCUCCUCCUUUACUGUGUUGAUUCCCUUUAUGUAUUUAAAUGUUUCUAUCAUAUCCCCCCGUCUCGUCUUUCCUCCAAGCUAUACAUGUUAAGAUCCUUUAACCUUUCCGGUAAGUGUGUGUCUGUAUGUAAUUAUGUGUAGAAGGUGUAUUUAAGGGGUAGGAAGAUGAACUGAUGGAUAGAGGGCGAUUUACAGGGCUGUAGGGACUCCAGGAGGUGGGAUUUUGUGGGCUUAGGCAGAAGAAUGUCUUGGGCUACCCUGGUUAUUUCCAUUCCAAAUUACUUUAAAAUACUCUCCCCCAAAAUACUUCCCUUUUCUACUUCCUUUACAGAAACCAUAUCUGCUUCAGUUACUUUGUGAAUAUAUCUAUCCUUGUUUCUCUCCCAGAAACGCAUAUCUCUUCCCUGAAAUUAGGUUCUUUUCUGUCCCCUGCUUAUCUCCCAAUCCAUAACUCUUUCACUUCUUUCCCAUAAAUUAUACCUUGAGCCAGGGCCGGUGCAAGGAUUUUUGACGCCCUAGGCAAAAGUAAAGUUUUCCGCCCCCUCCCAUGUGACAUCACAAUGCCCCACCCAUAUGAUCUGCCAUGUUAACUAACGCCAGUGCUGCAGUGCCGCCGUGUUUACAUUAAAAGGCCUGCAGGGACAGGCUAUAGACACCAGAACCACUUCAUUAAGCUGCAGUGGUUCUGGGAACUAUAGUGUUUCUUUAAUGUGAGGUAAAUUAAAGAUUAGUGCCACGAAUAAUAUACUAGAUUGCCUACUUACAACUAGAUGAGGAAGAUGAUAGGCUCUAGCUGAAGUCUGGCUCCACUGGUCUGGUGUAGAACAGGCUCUCUGGAGGCGGUUUGUAACUGUGGUCACAAAAAUCAAUGUUCUGGGAGAACGGGAAGCAGCUCCAUUUUUUUGAGGGCCCUUUACACAGUUCAAGGUCUGGGUCCCAGGGUCCACCUUCAUGUUCCACCAAUGAGUUUGUUCACAGGGAGUGGAGUGUGUGUGGGGGAUGUCCUGAUGUGUGUAAGGAAUGCAUUGUGUGAAUCUGUGUUUGUAUGUGUAAGGGCUACGAGGUGUGUUUGUGUAUGCAGUGUGUGCGUCUGUAAGGGAUGCAUUAAGUGUGUGUGAGGGGUGCAUUGAGUGUGUGAAAUGAAUGCAUUGUGUGUUUCUGUGUGUGUAAGGGAUGCAUUGCUUGUGUAUGUGUGUCUAAUGCAUUGUGUGUUUUUCUGUGUGCAAGGGGUGCAUUGUGUGUGAUUGUGUGUUUGUGAUGGAUGUCAAUCUCCCCCCCCUGUCAAUUUCCUCCCCUCCUCCAAUUUCCUUCUCCCCCCCCACCAGUUACCUUCUCCCCCCUCUCCAAUUUCCUUCUUCUCCCCCCCUCUCCAAUUUCCUUCUUCUCCCCCCCUCCAAUUUCAUUCUUCUCCCCCCCUCUUCAGUUUGCUUCUCCCCCCCCUCUCCAAUUUCCUUCUCACCCCUCCAAUUUCCUUCUCCCCCACCUCUCCAAUUUCCUUCUUCUGCGCCCACCUGAGGCUUUCUACAGAGCGCUCUGUCGGCUGCAGCAUGAGGGGGGCCGGCGCUCCUGGCGGCGCCCUAGACGGCUGCCUAGUCCGCCUAACAGGUAGCGCCGGCCCUGCCUUGAGCCAAGGUUUGACUGAAUUUAAGGUCCACAGAACAUGCAUGAAGCCAGCAGCUUUUCUUUGGUUAGUUAUUUGUAUGUUUACUGGUUUUCUUUAUCAUAAAAGAACACUCCAAGAAUCAUAACCACUAAAGCUUGAUGUAGUUGUCAUGGUGCCAGGAAUGUACUGGCACCCCCAAUGUCAUUAGUCAAAGCCAACUGCAUGAUAACAAGGUCCUCCUGGUGCUAGUCACCUCCUUCAUGAGAACCGGAAGCUCUCUGAAUCGAGAGAGCUACUCUCAGCCAAUGAGCUGGCUCAAAACCACAGGGCUUAGCUCAAGAGAGUUAACAGAAUCUCUAUGUAUAAGCUUCAGCUCUCAAUGGAACAAGUGACCAGCCCCCGGUGGACACCAGCUAAGGUAUCAAACUGCUACAAAAAUGGUUUGACUUCUGACAUGGGGAAGGGCAGCAGGGCAUUUCUGGCACCAUAAACACUACAACACAUAUGGUGGUUGUGGUGCAGGUAGUGUUCCUUUAAUUUGUACCCCUUCUCUGACCUAGAACAAAGAGCCGGAAAAGGGAGAAGGACACCAGAAACUCUAGUGUGACAAUACAUGAAGUAUAAAUGUACCUCACCUCUUAAAGCUUUUAACAUUUGUCCAAAAAUAAUCUGACAAUAGAUACGCUAAUGAUGCUUUAACAUACCAUUCCCUAUGUACCAUUUCCACCACAUAUUGGGGCUGAACAAUGACUCCAUUUUAGGUAAAGAAUAUCAUUUAUUCAUCAGUGCUUUGAAAGUCAUUGUUCAUCUAUGCUUUCUUAGAAGCUCUUCCCGGACUUCAAUUGCCUCUGGCAAAUUCAAAUGAUUGCUGAGAACGAUAGCGGAGUUAAAGUUCACUGCAGCUGCAAUUAAAAAGUUUUCAGAUAACUGAUUUUUGGGUAAUUCCUCAACUACAGGUUUUAUACCAUUUUUAUACUACUUAAAAGACCACCAAUGUCGCUCCAUGUAGUGGUCUGGGGGCAGCGGUCCUGCCAUUUUAACCCUGCAAUGUAAAUAAUGCAGUUGUAUAGGGUUAAACACGCCUCUAGUGACUGGAGUCCACUGCACUAACAAAAUAAAACACAGUCACGUGUCGUUGCAUCUCAUAGAAAAGUAUUGAUUCAAUGCUCUGCUAUGAGAAGCAUUGGAUGCGUGCAUGACACUCUCCGCGCAUGUGCUUCACAUCUCCAAUCAAUGCUAUGAAGAGCAUUUGAUUGAACCAGGGAUAGAAGAAGAGGACAAGAGGCGCAAAGCUCUAAGUGAGUCUUGGCGCUGGAAAGAGAUAAGUAAAAAUCUUUUUCUAAUUUUCAUUUUUAUGGCAAACGGGGUAAGGGAGGCACCAGGGACAGGUUUCCUUUAAAGGGCAAUUUUCACUUGUCUGGAAAUUACACUAUUGACUAUCACAUUGAAAAUCACCUAGAACUUGUGGUAAUUUUAUUAAGAUUUUGCUCUUUUUAAAUACAAUCAAGAUUUAGCAAAUUGUCAUUACCAUCCAACUCAGUUCACAGACAGAGAAUGUGGAAUUCUACAUGUAAUUUUAUUUUUCAUAUCUCAAAAAUAUUAUUUUGUUAAAUAUAGAAGAUAAGUAAACUUAUUAUAAAAAAAACAACAUAAAAAACUUGGUAAGUGACAGUUUCCCUUUAAAUAACUAUUUAACUUCUUACUUGUGUGUUCCUCUACCUCUCCUUUAUUUACAGGUAUCUGUGGUGAUGCAACACACUGGCAUCUCCCUUCCAAACUCCGGUUGGCUACUCUUUGCUGUGCGCUUAGCUUCCUGUAACCAGAUACUGGAUCCCUGGGUGUAUAUCCUCCUGCGACGUUCCAUGUUCCACCGACUCUGCGCCAUAUUUGUAAGAUUGGCGCACACUCAUGGAGGCAAGCUAAGCCGCUGGGACCCUGGGGACUUCCAGAGUUCAGAUCGCAGCGAAGUGAGUCAUUUAUAGACUUCUUAACAAAUGAAGAGUACCCCUUGCAUGAGACUAAAACAUAACACAAAAAGUGAUACACAAUUCUGGGAGAAGCUAACAAAAAAUCCAAGAAAAAAUCUCAACGUGCAAUAAAAAGGACAACCUUGCAAUUUCCAUCCAGACAUGCAAGCUGAAUUGAGUGAUACAACAAAUGGCAAGCUUAAUGCCUAGUAACUAGCUCUUUUCAAAACACAAUUAAACUAUUCCCCAAAAAGACAUCCAGCCGGUGGAGAAAUGCUGCCUAAAGGCAUGUUUGGAGCAUGUCACACAUGUCCGUUGUGAUCAUAUGAAGAACUGCACAUGAGGAAACAAAAACAAACUACUGUACUUUUCUUCCAGUCAAUGAAGCCUGCGGAGAUAUUGCCUACUGCAACCCAGGGUAACUUGUUCCCCACAUCGACCUAUAUAUAAGGAAAAGCUGUAAUGGAAAAUGUAUUGUUAAAGAUAGUCCACGGAAAAUGAUAUAUGCAGCACAUUCUAAUGAUGCACUGUGGUAACAAGAGAGAUGUCUAUAGAAAUACUCUGAAUAUAUCCUUGGGGACACAGAUACAAAAUCCCAGCUGCUCUAAAAACGAAUCUAAAUGCAUUAGAGCAUAAGAAAUUAUUUUAAAAAAUGUGGACCAUCUAAGCCUUGCAAAGAAUGUUUUGCUGUACAUAGAUUUAUCUAAACUACCUAUCUACCUAUCUAUCUAUCAAAGAAAGAUCUACCAAAGAACUUUGGCAAUAGUUUGUCAUGAAGUGUGUGGUGGUGUAUGUGGGCCAGGAAUUUCCCCAGCACCAAUGGAUUUGACCUUUUCUUUUUAUCUCCAACCACUUUAUUGUUUGGCUGAAAGAUAUUACUUUGAUCCCCAAAACAGGGUUUUACCAGAAAUAUCUGUCAGUUAGGCACUUAACAUACUCACACAUGCAUAAAACAGUAUAACCUCCAUCAACGGUUUAUAGUGUGAUAUAAACCGAUAUAUUAAAUUGGGCUUGUUUCCUCAUUUUCCUUUUAGAAAGGGUUGAGGUAGUGUGUACCCCCCUUUCCCCAGCCCCAAAAGAACUUUUCCGCUUUAUCUAUAUUGGCCUAAAUUUUUGAAUUCGCUGUGAAUUCCUGUUGAUUCACACUUUAAUGAAAAAAUUCUGUUGGUCAGCAUUUGACCCAUGACGUGGAUGGCAUAGUGAAGAGCUUAUAGGAACACGUGUUGGUUCACAAAGAACCUUGCUUGUGUGGAGACACCUAAACUGACCUCACAUGAAUGAGGCAAUAUUAAAAAGUAAAGAGAAGAGUAUGAAAAACAAGGUGGCAGUGGAGAUAAAAAUGAUAAGAUUUUGCAUGAAUAAUGAUAAUUAACUUCUUUCGUGCUCAAGACCACCAUCAAUGCCCCAUCAAACCUUGGUGUAUUGGAACUACUGGGGGUUCAGAGCGCAAAUUCUCAGCCUCUAUAUUUUAAGGGUUCUAUUCGCAUAACUCUGAGACAGAAUUUCAGAAUAGCUCUUGAAUUAGUUACCAUAAUUUGAGUCCAAAAUCACAAGGGACCCGAAUUCUAUUCACUAAGCACAGAGAUAACUACUGAAUUUGGAACUAUAUUACUAAACACUGGGACAGAUAUCAAAGAACCUUCAUCUUUUCCUGUUUGUUGGCAGUAUGUGAUUCAAUUCAGCCAAUUCUGGGACUGUUUCAUUGUAAAUAAACUCUGCGAAGUUGAAAGUUGUGGUAUUCUAUGGAACUUGGAAAGGAAUACAGCCAAGUGUCUCCAUUUAACCUUUAAACAGAAGCCCUUCGUGUACUUUUACCAUUCAUCUUUGUAUGUUCUUUUAGCAUAUUCCAUAAAUAUAUUUUCUUCUUAACCCCUUAAGGGCACAUGACAUGUGUGACAUGUCAUAAUUCCCUUUUAUUCCAGACGUUUGGUCCUUAAGGGGUUAUGCUGGACAUUUUACCGUAAUCCAUGGUACAUGCCUUUUGCACCACAUUCAUUUGAGUGAAAUUGUGUCUUAUUAAGUCAGUAAAAAUGUUUUAUUUUGCGUCUCUGAACUGAAAAUGUCUGGGCAGGACAACCAUGUAUAAUUAUGGUGACAUAAACACCACUUGUGAGUUUGGUAAUUGAAAUGUAUUAUUACAAUUAUCUGUGCAGUUUAAAAAAUAAAAAUAUCAAAUAUCCCUGUUUUAUAUAUUAUUGGUUAAUGUAAGGCACUUUACAUGACAGGUCAUCUUGUAACCUCUUAAAGACCGCGUGGUAUUGCUUUGCACCCUUAUGCCAGAAUCUUUAGCAUUGGUAGAACAUUAAGGCACUGCAUUACUUAAAAGAGAAAUUAGUUUUCUUUGGAAUAAUAACACAUUGUUUUGAUGGCUGUAGACUGUCAUUGGUCCUUAAGGGGUUAAACAGUAUAUUCAGCACCAUGUCCCCUUCUGCCCACCCUGAGCUCUUCUAGAUGCACUAAGCUUCCCAAGGCCAUGUGACUCUGCCACCCAAGGCUAUGGCAUGAUCAUUGCAAUGUUUUGCGAGGUCAUGCUGUCUUUACAAAGAUGUAUGUGUGAAUGUCUAGUUUUAUUUAUUUCUUUAUUUCUGGAUAGAACGAAUGUGAUUACAAUCCUUUUAGGGAGUUGUUGGCUGUGAGUCCUGCGCUAGUUGUCAUACAGAUUGGCUGGGCUGUCACAAUUUGACGUGAUAUAGUGACUCUCCAAACUCUCAAAUCUGAAGCUCUCUAUCAUAAACAGAGGCUGGUCAUCUAUUCAGAGCAGGUUAUACAAGGCUAUUCUAUAGUAAAUGUAAAAAUCUAUAUACGGCUAUUAUAUGCUGGUGAUGUAAUCUAUAUAUGACUGUUAUAUGGUGAUCACAUAAUCUAUAUAUGGCUAUUGGUGGUGGGAUAAUUUAUAUAUGACUGUUGUUAAAAGGUGGAGAAAUCUAUAUAUGACUGUUAUAUGGUGCUUUAAUUAUCUUUAUAUGACUAUUUUACGGUGCUGGAAUUGGUAAUGCCAUUUAU